CACACCGGCAAACCUGCAAAGUUUCACACAUGUAGCGAAUGGCGAAAAAUGUCCAAUAAACGUCAGAGUUUUGCUCAUUGUUUAGUAUUUAUUUUAUAGAUCCGAUUAUUACUAAAAAAUGUCCGAAAGUGGAGAUGAGAGUGAGAAAAAACAACCCACGAACUGGAUCCAGCAGCAUCCUGUGUAUCAAGGAAUGAAGAGUCUGGAGGUUGGGGACAGUGCUCAGAUUCAUGCAGCUUUUCUUGUCUACAUGGAUCUGUCUGAAGCGCGUCAUUGGAACAAGGUGUCUUACAUGAAGAGUCCUGAACUGGAAGUGGUUUUACUGGAGGGGAGAGAGUUAGAAGGAGGUCCGGUCCAGACUGUUCUACCUCUGCCUGUUCAUCAGAAUGUGAACCACAGAAGUUUACGUCGUGUGCUGGACAGAGGUUUCCCUUUACUGCUGUGUGCCGUGGGAUCCGACUCCACUCUGGUGUAUCAGAGGAUGACUGAUGGGCUGGUGACACCCGACCCCCCUGUGGGGCCCUUCCAGGAUGUGGAUCGGCGGCACCAGAGGAAGAGACGGCAGCAGGACUGAGGAGGAGGAGGAGGAGGAAGAGGAGGAGGAGCCAAGAGCAGAGGCACCAUGAACGCCACUGUCUCUAUCUGUGUCAGCGAUCUUUAAAUAACAAGACAAACAUGGCAGCAGGUGGAAAGAAGGUACGGCCCACUGUGGUGUGAGGUGUUUAACGUGGCUGUCGUGGCCCAGACACUGAUUCCUGUUGAGUAAGAAGCCACUGGAUACUGUGUGUGGAUAUCGGAUCCGACUCUCCAGACAGGUGUGGUUCUGAUACCUUAGGGACGGUUCAGAACUGAGACCACAUGGACAGAGUUUCCCUGUAGUCAACAAAGGCUUUUUUUUUUCAUCUGCAAACCAAAGAAAGCAUUAGGGAUGAAUGAUAUGCAAUGAAAACAUAUGUUGUCAAUUUGUGCUACAUACAUCUGUCUUAUUUUGUAUAUAUUUUGUAUAUUAUGUGCCUGAAAAGAAGUGGAAAGAAGUAAAACAUAUUUCCUCCCACCUUCAUUCUAUUUGUAGUUGUUCGUAGUCGGUUCUCUGGAGACUUUUCUUCAACAAACAUUUAAACUGAAGCCUGUUUCUUUGCUGUACUAUAUUAACUGUGAACAUUCACUGCAAAAAUCUAAAUCUUACCAAGUGU